GCCCUAUGAGUCUGAAGCCGAACAGAAGAGAGACAAGUCUGAAGCCAAACAGAAGAGAGUCCUCCAAAUCUCCUAUGCCUAAGGAGAGGCCCUGUGAGUCUCAAGCCGAACAGAAGAGUCCUCCAAACAUCCUCUGCCUAAAGAGCGGCCCUGAGUCUGAAGCCAAACAGAAGAGAGACAAGUGUGAAGCCGAACAGAAGAGAGACAAGUCUGAAGCCGAACAGAAGAGAGACAAGUCUGAAGCCGAACAGAAGAGAGACAAGUCUGAAGACGAACAGAAGAGAGACUCAUCCAAACAUCCUCUCCCUAAAAGUGCCUUUUCAAAACCGAUAGGGAAGUGUCCUCUGAAGAGGAAGGGGGCGUCUUCCGACCGAGACAGAACAAGAAGGGAGUUAUUUUCGGAGUUGGGCAGCACUCAGGGAGAUUAACAAAGACCAGUUGCGAAGGGUCCAUCGGAGGACGCAGGUCUGUUUGAGAAUGCGGUGGAUCUGUCGGUUCAAGUGGAGGCGGAGGAUCUGUCACAGGACGCAGGUCUGUUGGGGGAUGCCGGGGAUCUGUCGGUGCAAGUGGAAGCAGAGGGUCUGUCGCAGGACGCUGGUCUGUUGGAGGAUGCAGUGGAGGUGAAGGGUCUGUCCCAAGACAGUUCCGACUCAUUUGAACUGCCAUGCUGGCAACUAGAGGCUGAG